CAGGGAGUAAGACGGGAGAGGGCCGCGGGUCCCGAAAGCACACAUAAAGCAGUCUUGCUCCCCGUGGGUGGAAACUUCCCAGGCCGCGCAGAGCGGGAGGGGGCGGCGGGGCGGCGGGGCGGCGGUUCCCCUCGCCGAGGCAGAGAACUGCGCGCGCGAGGCUCCGGGCGCACUGCAAGCGCGGCGGCCGCCGCCUCCUCCCCUCCCCGCCUCCGCUAGUGCUGCCUCCUCCCUCCGCACGGCUCGGCCUCCCUAGCUCCCUCCCCUCGUGGCUGGCUCCGGCGGCGGCGGCGGGCGGGGAGGGCGUGCGCCGGCCGAGAGGUGUCGGCGGCGAGGCAAGGGAAGUUUCAAGUGGAAGGUCGUCCGCCGGCCGGCGCGUCCUCCCGCUCUCCUCCGGCAGCAUCAUGGCGGAGCCGAGCGGCUCGCCCGUGCACGUCCAGCUUCCCCAGCAGGCGGCCCCGGUGACAGCAACGGCAGCGGCCCCGGCGACCGCGACAGCAGCGCCCGCCCCAGCUCCGGCGGCGCCCGCGGCCCCAGCCCCGGCCCCGGCCCCGGCGGCACAGGCCGUGGGCUGGCCCAUCUGCAGGGACGCGUACGAGCUGCAGGAGGUUAUCGGCAGUGGAGCUACUGCUGUGGUGCAGGCUGCCCUAUGCAAGCCCAGGCAAGAACGCGUAGCAAUAAAGCGGAUCAACCUGGAAAAAUGCCAGACCAGUAUGGAUGAACUAUUAAAAGAAAUUCAAGCCAUGAGUCAGUGCAGCCAUCCCAACGUAGUGACCUAUUACACUUCUUUUGUGGUAAAAGAUGAACUUUGGCUGGUCAUGAAAUUGCUAAGUGGAGGCUCAAUGUUGGACAUCAUCAAAUACAUUGUCAACCGGGGAGAGCACAAGAAUGGAGUUCUGGAAGAGGCAAUAAUAGCAACAAUUCUUAAAGAGGUUUUGGAAGGUUUAGACUAUCUACACAGAAAUGGUCAGAUUCACAGGGAUUUGAAAGCUGGUAAUAUUCUUCUGGGUGAGGAUGGUUCAGUACAAAUAGCAGAUUUUGGGGUAAGUGCAUUCUUAGCAACAGGGGGUGAUGUUACAAGGAAUAAAGUAAGAAAAACAUUUGUUGGCACCCCGUGUUGGAUGGCACCUGAAGUCAUGGAACAGGUGAGAGGCUAUGACUUCAAGGCUGACAUGUGGAGUUUUGGAAUAACGGCCAUUGAAUUAGCAACAGGAGCAGCACCUUAUCACAAAUACCCUCCCAUGAAAGUGUUAAUGUUGACUUUGCAAAAUGAUCCACCCACUUUAGAAACUGGAGUAGAAGAUAAAGAAAUGAUGAAAAAGUACGGCAAGUCCUUUAGAAAAUUACUUUCACUGUGUCUUCAAAAAGAUCCUUCCAAAAGGCCCACAGCAGCAGAACUUUUAAAAUGCAAAUUCUUCCAGAAAGCCAAGAACAGAGAGUACCUGAUUGAGAAGCUGCUUACCAGAACACCAGACAUAGCCCAAAGAGCCAAGAAGGUAAGGCGAGUUCCAGGGUCAAGUGGUCACCUCCAUAAAACCGAAGACGGGGACUGGGAGUGGAGUGACGACGAGAUGGAUGAGAAAAGUGAAGAGGGGAAAGCAGCUGCUUCUCAGGAAAAGUCACGAAGAGUAAAAGAAGAAAAUCCAGAGAUCUCUGUGAAUGCCAGCAGUAUCCCAGAGCAAAUACAGUCCCUCUCCGUGCACGACUCUCAGGGCCAACCCAAUGCGAGUGAAGACUACAGAGAAGCUUCUUGCGCUGUGAACCUUGUUUUAAGAUUGAGGAACUCCAGAAAGGAACUUAAUGAUAUACGAUUUGAGUUUACUCCAGGAAGAGAUACGGCAGAUGGUGUAUCUCAGGAGCUCUUCUCUGCUGGCCUCGUUGAUGGUCAUGAUGUAGUUAUAGUGGCUGCUAACUUACAGAAGAUCGUAGAUGAUCCCAAAGCUUUAAAAACAUUGACAUUUAAGUUGGCUUCUGGCUGUGAUGGGUCGGAGAUUCCUGAUGAAGUGAAGCUGAUUGGGUUUGCCCAAUUGAGUGUGAGCUGAUAAAUGAAAAAAGAAUCCAAAAAUUCCUGUGGAACCACAGAAUAUUCUGAACAAACAAAGCAAUGCUGAGCAAAGACAAAGCUGGAAGCAUCACAUCUCCUGACUUCGAAAUAUGUUACAAGGCUUUUGUAAUCAAAGCAACAUAGUGCUGGCAAAGAAACUGACAUGUGGACCAAAUAAACAGGGUGGAGAGCCCAGAAAUAAACCCACAUAUUCAGUCAACUGAUCUUUGACAAGAAUGCCAAAAAUAUACAAUGGGAAAAGGAUGGUCAUCAACAAUUAAUAUUGAAAAACCAGAUAUCUACAGGCAAAUGAAUGAAAUUAAAAACUUUCUUUAUACCAAAUACAAAAGUCAACUCAAAAUGGGUUAAAGACAAAAUGUAAGACAUUAAACUGUAAAAUGCCUAGAGGAAAAGGAAGAAAAUCUCCCUGCCUUUGAUCUUGGAAGUAAUUUUUUUUUAUGUGACACCAAAAACACAGUCAACCAAAGUAAAAACAAGUUUUAUUAUGUCAAACUAACAAGCUUCCUCACAGCAAACAACCAACAAAAUGAGAAGGGAAUCUAGAUUGAAAGAAGAUAUUUGUAAACCUUAAAACUGCUAAGGAGUUAAUAUCUAAAAUAUCUGAAAUGCUCAUACAACUCAGUAGCAGAAACCUGAUUAAAAUGAAUGAAAGACUUGAACAGAUAUUUUUUCAAAGACAUACAGAUGGUUAAAAGGUGCAUGAAAAGGUGUCCAAAUCCCUAAUCAUCAAGGAAACACAAAUUGAAACCCCAAUGAGAGGUUACCUCAUACCUGUUAGAAUGACAGUCAUCAAAGACAAGAUAAGUAUUGGUGAAGAUGUGGAGAAAGGGGAACCCCUAUACACAGGGAUGUGAAUUGGUACAGCCACUGUGGAAUACAGUAUUGAGUUUCCUCAAAAAAAUAGAACUACUAUUUGAUCCAGCAUUUCCACUUCUCAGUCUUUAUCCAAAAGAAAUGAAAUCAGUGUCUCAAAGAGGAUCUGCACUUUUGUGUUCAUUGAAGGAGCAUUCACAGUAACCAUGAUAUGGAGAAAAGUAUCCAUCAAUCAGUGAUUGAACAGAUAAAUUGUUGUAUGCACAUCCAGUACAUAUACACUCAAUGAAGUAUUGUUCAGACUUUAGCAAGAGGGAAAUCAUGUACAGACAAACUUAAAGGAUACUAUGUUCCAUGAACUCAGCCAAACAGGAAAAUUUUGCAUGAUCUCAUAAGUAGAAUCUAAGAGUCCAAUUCAUAGAAGCUAAGAGUAAAAUGGUGAUUGCCAGGACAGGAGAAAUGGGGUCACAUUUGUCAAAGAUGCCAAGUGUCCACUACAUAUGAUGACUAAGUUCCAGAGAGCUCAAGUACAGCACAGUGAUUAUAGUUAAUAAUACAGUAUUGUAAGCUGACAUUUGCUAAGAGAAUAGAUCUUGAGUGUUCUUGCCACAUGUAAAAAAAAAUAUGGUAAUUAUGUGAAGAGGUGAAUAUGUUAAUUGGCUUCAUUGUAGUAAUAAGUUCAGUGUAUCAAAACAUCAUGAUGCUCUUUAACAAUAUACAAUUUUUCUUUAAAAAGUGAAGGACAGCCAUUGACCAUAAACAAAUAGUUUUAAACUGACAGUUUCCAUCUUGUAUUGACAUGAACUAAAAAUUCAGGUGUUGUGAGUAUGGUUUUCAGAGUGUUUCUUUUAAAUUGUGCAGUACUUCCUAGAGUUCUCAUUUGGGAUGUACACUACCAGGAAUGAGGAUAUGUCAAUCCAUAUAAAUUAAGUGUAUUAUAAAAGCAUCUCUUUUAAAACGAUAAAAUGACUCAUCCUCAUCAUGCUAGAAACAGUAUCUAUCAACUGAUAUCCAAAUACCACCUCAAAUAGGAUGACCCAUACCCCCGACUAGAGUGGAUGAGCCAUAAAAGAUGGUCAAAAGUACCUGUCUCCAAAUGUCCCAGUGCUAUUUUGCUGAGGAAAGAAUGCAUAGUUAAGCAACAGCUAUGUCCCUUUACCUACCUCCUAUCUACCUACUUAGGGAUAAUUUGAGAAUCUAACAAUGAAAAAAAUCUGCAUAAUCACGUCAUUACUACUGUGCAUUUUAUGCCAAGCCAGUGGAUGCUGGGAGAGUUGGUUUUUUUUGUUUUGUGGUGGUGGGGAUUGAACCCAGGGGCACUUUACCACUAAGCCAUAGCCUCAUCCGUUUUUAUUUUUUGAAACGGCCUCACUAAGAUGCCCAGACUAGCCUUGAACUUGUGAUCCUCCUGCCUCAGUCUCUGUAGUCACUGGGAUUACAGGUGUACCCAUUGUUCUCAGCAUCUGUACUAUUUUAAUCAAGCAUCUGCAAGUGAACAAGAAUCAUAUAGCAAGGAAAAGUGCACAGAACUUCAUCAGACAUGAAUGUAGCCCACAAAACAAGCAUCACUAGCCAAUCAUUGAGCCCACAUAGUUUAACUUACAAUUCAUUAAAGAGCAAUGAUAUUAUUGAGUUACAAUCUUAUAUUAUUAUAAAUCGAAUUUGCUACAUAAUGAUGAAAAGUCAGUGUAGAACAAUUAUUGCCAUGGUAUACUUUUAUAUCACAUUUAGAAUGUCAGCUUGAGAAACCAAGACUUGUAUCAGAGGAAAGUGGCUCCUUAAAUAGAAUGUUCCGUAAACUAGUGGAUCCAUAAUCUUGGAGAAGUGGGAUAGUGCCCUUCUUUAAAAAUCGGCAAAGUCGUUACUCUGGUCCAACCUUACCCAAAGAAUUUGGUAAUAAAAAAUUCUGGCAGCAAAAUUUCUAUGGGUUAAGUAAUAUAAAGUUCAAAAUCAACAGGUAAUCAGAAUUAGGUUGAGUAUAUUCAGGUAGAUUUUUCACAUAUGUCUUUUCCUCCUCCAGACUUUGUAGGAUUCUAGAAAAUAGAAAUAAGUUCAUCAAAAUGAAAUGGAGGGAUGAGGAAAAGUAUAAGCAUGUGACAUACUGAAAUGGCAACUGCUAACACUUACCAGGAAAGCCUGAACUUGGAUCCAUCUCUCUUUAUUUUUCCAUUCUAGAACAUAAAUGAAGCAUAGUUUUACAUAUUUUAAAAAUUUGAUUCACACAAUAGUUCUGCGAUGAUGUAUUUAUAUAUGUACUGAGUCACAACAUAAGAUCUAUUUUUUACUAUGGAGUAUGCCCAAAAGUAUGAAAACUGCUUUAAGCCAUUUUGAUCAUUUUUUUUUAUUUCUUGUUGUGUGUAUAUAUUUUUUUUUCUAUUUUGGUUAUUAUUUGUGGCCCUAAGCAGUCAGUCACUCUGCAAAGUACUUGCCAUCAUCUCAUUUAACUUUAAGCAACUCUGUCAGUUAGAUUUUAUUACACCCAUCUUAAAGUUGAGAAACAAAACCUUGGAAAAACUAAGCUGCUCAAGAUAACACAAUAAGUAUUGCGAUAUGAAGCAGGAAUUGGAAUGUGGGUGUAUUUGGUUCCAAAGCCUAUAUGCUUACUCAUCAAAUCUACCUCCUAUUAUAUAAUACAAGAGCAUUUUAUUGCAGGUUUGUUCCAGGCAUUAACCAGAGGCUCUUGCCACAUUACCCUGCUUAAGCCUCAUAACAACUCUGGGAAAUCAGUCAGCCAGCUAGUUGAUAAAAGAGGAUUUGAACCCAAAUCAGUGCCCAAAGCAAUUCCCCUGUACCAUGCUGGCUCUCUGAGGGUGACUCAGGAUGGUUAACCCUGAAUUUGAGACAAUUUGGAGUAGGAGACUCAAAAUUUUCAGAUACAAAAUUGUGUGUACAGAAUUAGAGCCUUGGAAGGGGUGCUGAAGACUGUCCCUGACAACUGCCACAGUGCUAUAGGCACUGUCUUUGCUUUUCAUGUCAUUGUUUAUAGUGUAACUUUUGUUGUUCAUCAGACUCUUGUGAUCUGGCUUCUAAAUCCAGGAAGGUAAGUCAUUUUCCCCAAGAUCAAAAAAACCAGACAGCCAAAUGAGAAGA